AUGGCCCGCACGCAAUGGCAGCGCGACCUGCGGCGCGCCGUGUGGCGGCAGCUAAUGUUGGACCGCCACGAGCAGCACCCGCUGGUGCAAGGGGCGCUCUCUUCUCUGAGCGCUCUCUAUGGCUCACUGAGUGCCCUUCGACGCAGCUAUUAUGCCUCACAACCGCGCCAGCGCCUGCCCCUGAGCACGAUCAGCUUUGGCAAUGUCACGUGGGGCGGGACGGGCAAGACGCCGUGCCUGCACCACGUCGCGCGGUACCUCGCUGGGCGUGAUGUGCCCUUCAUGCUUGUGUCUCGGGGCUAUGGCGACGACGAGUGGAAGAUGUUUGCCGCCGAGUUCCCAGAGAGCACGUUGGCGCUAGGCGCGCACCGCUACAAGGCAGCAAUGGCUCAGAUAUCAGCACACAAGAGUAGAAAGCCGGCGAUCGCGCUCCUCGACGACGGUUUGCAGCAGUACUCGCUGCACAAAGAUCUUGAAAUCGUCAUGCUGGACGCAUACAAUCCGUUUGGCAAUGGCGCACUGCUGCCCCAAGGACGUUUGCGCGAGCGGCCCGAGGUGGCGCUGCCGCGCGCCGACAUUGUGAUCCUCCAUCACGCCGACCACUUGGACCCUACCGACGUCGCCGCACUAACGACCCGCAUUCGCCCGUGGCUCCGACCGGACACGGUGGUCGCGACAACCCGCAUGGAGAUCACGGCGCUGCCCCUUGCGUCGGAGGCGGCUGCAUGUGUCCAGACACGCGUGGCACCGCCUCUCGCGACGAAAGAAGCCGCGCUCGUCGUCGGCCUCUGUGGCAUUGGCUGCCCCGCGUCGUUCGAGGACGCGUUGCGCAAGGUCUUUCCAGCGGCGGCGCUGCACAUGGAAAUCUUCCCAGACCACCACGCCUACACGACCGAGGAUCUCCACUCGGUUGCCUCGGCGAUCGAGACGCUACGAGAUGGCCGCGACGUUCUUGUGGUGACGACCGAGAAGGACUUUUUCCGAACCCCCGCGCUUCUCCAGGCAAACUUGGGUGCUGACUACGAGCUCCGUGUCGCGCUGAGCCAACUGACCUUCAUCCAAGAGCGUGCCGCUGUCUUUGCACGCAUCGACAAGCUUCUCGCGACACCACGUGAAGCGUAA